GCCCUCGCCAGCACGCGGCACUCGCCCGUUGGACAGCGAAAUUUGCUAUCGCAGCAGAAGGUCCGUGGCGCGACGAGGACAGGUGCAUUUGGCAGCGAGGGAUGGGUUGGGGGUGAUGAUGUGUAAGUGCACGCCAGGCCUUGCAGUCGAAUGGCUAAUAGGCCGAAACACAAGCCGCUUACCCAGGAACCGAGACGAGAUGCGCUGGCCGAACGAAAACAGCAUCGAGAAAGCAAUACCCGCAUCUUCUCACACACCGCGAAUAGCAUCUUUGUGCCCUGUCAGCUGACGCUGCAAGUGUUGCGGGUGACUGCCUCGUGCCGUCCGAACGGGCCGUGCAACUCUCUUGGACGCACCGAUUCUGGCUGCGACACAUCGUCUCCAAACUUGCUCUGCCCGAGGGCUGCCGCAUUCGAUAGGGCUGCCUUUGUACGGCGUGGCAUGCUCCCGUCUGUGCAGAAACAACGCUGGAUCCUUCAGCGCCACCAGGGGGCCCAGGACUGUAAGCCCAACACGUGUCACGCCUCCCACGCCCAACGCUGCAUCAAAGGCAGAUCACGGGCCAGACUUCAUUUGACCGGGUUGUUCGAGUCGUUGCCAGACAUCACCGCAACAUGGUGUAAACAAUGGAUACACAUGUGUUGUAUUCAUUGACUUAGUUCUACAGUACCAAUCCUAGUGCAGCCCAUAGGCUCCCUCC